UCGCCACUUUUGCAUUGUGUCGCACGCCAUUCGCACCGGGUAGAAAUAUUGGAAGGAAAACGCGGGCUGGUAGUAAACAUCCGAGGAACAGCCAUUCGGAUAGUUAAAAUAUAGACAAUUUUACUCGACGGCGAAUCGUAAGAACAUUCAAGAGCGAAAAUUACCCUCCGAUUUUUUCACAGCAGAAAUGUUUCCGACAAGUGUAACAACGCACGAGUAUUUAUACUGACAAGAGAAAAGUCAUCGCGAUCCGCGUCCCACGAGGAGUAAACAAGGAAGUAGUCGACUGCAUCAUUGCAGCGCAAAUUCGAGUCGAAAGUCAUGUGUAGAAGUUUCGAGAUUUCAUUGCCACUUGCCACGGCUUAGUAUCGAGUUAAGCAACAGUACGCUGAGUGUGGAAACGUUUAUACUAGGAAAAAUCGUAUCGAGAACUCUCGUCUCGCAAAGGCACGACUGUGAACGAAUCGGAAAUCGACGAUAUUAGAUCGUGCAUUUUGGGAGAGAGGAAGGACUGCGCUCGUUUUAAGCACCGAAGAGACUAUCAAGUGUAGUGAAAUGAAGGAGGUUGCAGGGUUCUGGGACCGUCUUACCGGGCGCCGGUAUUCCGCGGUCAGCACAAACCCGUGUCCAGUAACAGACACCCUUGACAGUACGGAACCCGAGUACCCGCCAUCGCCGGGAAAUCACAGAAGCUUGAGAAGAAAGUCUUCCGUCGUAGUGAACCAGUUCUUUAACGCCGCAUUACCGGUCCACUCGGACGGUCGACCACGCUGGCCAAGAAGCAUUUUUGUCUUGAUGACAUUGGGCCUGCUGGGCAUAGCUUCCGGCUGUUUCGUCCUGGUCUUCCAGCCGUACGAUAUUCUGUUCAAGCUGAAAGUCACUUUCAGUGAAGGCGGUGAAAUAUUCGAGCUGUGGCGUUCGCCGCCUGUCGAUCUCUACCUCAAAAUCUACCUCUUCAAUGUCACGAACAGCGAGCAAUUUCUCAAUGGGGAGGAAGAUAAGCUUCGAAUCAACCAAGUCGGUCCUUACGUGUACAAAGAAUUGAUGGAACAUGGAAACGUGACCUUCAACGAAAAUGGCACGGUGACCGCCAUUCCUCGACAUCCCCUCAAGUACAUCCCGGAAAUGAGCAAUGGGACAGAGGAGGACCUGCUGAUUCUUCCAAACAUCGCUUUGCUGAGCAUUACCAACGUGAUGCGGGAUGCAAAUUACUUCAGCCGCAUGGGCCUCAAUCUGCUCAUCAGUCAGUCGGGCAGUAAGCCUCUCGUUGAAAUGACUGCGAAAGAGUUCAUGUUCGGUUAUGAAUCGGCUCUUGUCACGCUGGGGAACAGUGUGAUGCCUUCUUGGAUAAAAUUCGACAGACUGGGCCUCAUCGAUAGGAUGUACGAUUUCGAGGGUGACAUUGAAACCGUGUACACCGGCGAAACCGACGUGUCGAAGGCUGGGCUGAUUGAUACCUACAAUUACGGCACCGAUCUACCCCAAUGGACUGGAAGGUGUGCAAAUGUUCAGGGCGCUAGUGACGGUACCAAGUUCCGUGGCUACUUGGAGCCCAAUCAAACGCUUCAUUUCUUCAGGAAGAGUCUUUGCCGCAGUGUUGAAAUGUAUUAUACAAGCACCAAAACCAUCAAAGGGCUGGAGGCGUUCGAAUACAAAUUUGUCAAAGACGAACUAGAUAACGGAGCAGUCAACCCAAGGAACAAGUGCUUCUGCCGCGAGCGACGCUGUCUUCCCCCGGGACUGAUUGACGUCACUGAUUGCUACUACGGUUUCCCCAUCGCUCUAUCGUAUCCUCACUUCUAUCAGUCGGAUCCUUCACUACUGAAUUCAGUAGAAGGCCUUACACCAAACCAGAAAGACCACGAGUCUUAUUUCUACAUCCAACCAAUGUCUGGGCUUCCCGUCGACCUCGCGUUCCGCUACCAGAUAAACAUGGCGCUCCAAGACAUCAGUUCCUACUCGGGGGUAGAAAAGUUCAAGGACCUAGUGCUUCCUCUUUUGUGGUUUGAAAUUGGCAUGCACGAGCUCCCGAAGCCAAUCAACGAUCGCUUUCUGCUCUACCUGAACGUACUUCCGUUGGUCCAGGAAGUCGCGAUAUACGUUCUCUUCACGAUAGGCGUUCUAUUCCUCGUCUGGAGUGUGGUGAAGAUCUUGUUCCACAAGCCCAACGGAUACGGUGGUCCAGCGCAGUGGUUGGACACCGAGAUGCAACGGAAGAGGCUUAGUUUCCUAAACGAGAGACGAUCCUCCCUCAAGCCAAAGGAACUCGAGACUUAUUACAGCUCGCUACUCAGUCCCACUGACAACACGCCGACCGCUCCACAGGAGGACCUUCCAUGCCUCACGGAGGAACACAUCUGAUUGUCUUAUCGCUAACAAUUAUCUAUUAAUAGAGAGCUCUGAUUGUGAGAGAGACUAGUAGUUUAUAAGUGAGUUGCAGGGAAUUAACGGCUAUGAAUGCCGCUUGAUAUCUUUGUUUUAUAUUACCCUUAAUUUUUUUCGUUAUGAUUUUGUUUCGUCUCGCGCAGCGGGUCGUACAAAAUACUUCAGGAGCAUUUCGGGUACUGGGGUCUUGACGCUAUUUAUAGCGACCUGAUAGGUUGUUAUUAAGUUUGAAAUAGUAUUAUACCUAGCAUAAGUUCUUUUUUAUACCUAAGAAUUAUUUUAACGAGUGCGUAACGUCCACAGACUUGCACACUUAAAUUGUGUUAAUACGUUACUAGGAUACUUGAAAUUUCAAUGAAAAUUUUUGUACACUACAUAAACGUAACUGUAUAAAAACUCAUAUUCAAGCAUAGUAAAACAGAAAUGAAGUUA